AACGCCCACGAAUGCAUCCAUUUUGAGCCAUCCAAGCAUUAAUUUCCGCGUCCAUCGAUUUUUUCACACUACUUUAAUUAUUGUUAUUUUAUUUGUUUGGUGAUUUUUAUUACAGCGUGGAUAAGAAAAAGGAGAAAAACUCGGGUAAUGGGUUUCUAGAUUUUUUGUCCCAUUCGUCGUUUCAGUCGUCAGACAGAGACGAAAUUGAGAUCGAGAUUGAGAAGGUGAAAGGAAGAAGAAGCUCUGGUAAAAAGGGCAUUUUUCUUCUUCCCCACAUUGCCUUCUUGAAUUCCUUCCUUCCUUCCAGGGCUGGUUUAAUUUUUCUUCCAAAUCCAUGGAUUCAGACAACAUUCGCCCAACUUAAUUAUCAUCGAUUGUCUUUUUUCUUCCGAAUUUCUUGUCGCGAUCCGGCCAGCCCUAGCCCUAAUUGAUUGUUUUUUUCGUUAAAUUAGUUUGGGGGUUUUGAAGUCGCUCUUCCUCAAAUACUGUUUGAUUUGCGAAUCUAUUACAGAGCCAGCUGUUUCAUCCGAGAAUGUUUCCAAAUCUUCGUGGAGCUUGUUCAGAUUUUUAAUUAAUUCCAUUUUUGGGGAUUGUUUGGAGUUCUGCUGAUUAUGGGAUGCGCGUCGUCGAAGCAGAAGGUCUGCCGGAAAUGCAAAACGCCAUAUUUUCCGGUGCGUCGGAGCUUAUCAACCCGCCACCGCCGUAAAAAGCCGGCGGAGGAGAAUUCCGAUCAUCUGGUUUCUCUUACCGCGUCCACAUUGGGAUCUUUGAAUCUCCCUCAGAUUCGUGUUUCAGGACAGAAAUUAGACACAUGUCAGAAUCAGAAUCAGAAUCAAAAUCAAAAUUGUGUUCAAAAUCGAGGAAUUGCGGAAGGCAAUCGAACAGUGAUCGGAAAUCGGGAAUCAGAGGAAUUCUCCAUGACUAUGAUCGAGGCCAAGACAUGGUCGGAAAUGAUCGAGAAGAAGAUCCCCAAAAUCGUCCCCAAAACGCCGGUAAGAACGCCGCCGGGAGAGCCGGAGACGAUCAAUGUCUGGGAAUUAAUGGAAGGCCUCGACGACAACUUCAGCCCUCUCCGACAGGUUCAUCAUCAUUUCCGAAGCUUUUCUUUCAACGUUUCCUCCACUCCCCCAGAUUUAGCUUCAAUCGAUGAUGCAUCACCUCCGCCGGCGCCGGAGAAGCCGUCCGUAGAUCAUUCUUCCGACAGCGAUUCCAAUUCGAAUCUAAAUUCAGACACAUCGAUAAUAUCCGAAUUCGAUCCCGACGUAAUUGCCUCAUUCAGAAAGGCCCUGGAAGAUCUCCCGCCGGCCAAUCCAUUUCACCUCAAUCCAAUUGACAAUAAAGACAACAAAUCCACAGACAAAUCGCGCGGGGACAAGGUGACUGUAUAUUUCACAAGCCUUAGAGGUGUAAGGAAGACGUACGAGGAUUGCUGCCAUGUCCGCGUGAUUUUAAAAGGAUUAGGAGUUAAGAUCGACGAAAGGGACGUGUCGAUGCACGCCGGAUUUAAGGAGGAGCUAAAGGAGCUUUUAGGACAAGGAUUCGGGGGGCUGCCGAGGGUCUUUGUCGGGAAGAAAUACAUCGGAGGAGCUGACGAAAUUAGGCGCCAAAACGACGAAGGGACGCUCCACAAGACACUCGAAAGCUGCGAGCUGUUAGAACUCGGCAAUAACCGUAAUCGCAAUGUGUGCGAGUCGUGUGGCGACAUUCGAUUCGUACCAUGUUGUACGUGUUCGGGCAGCUGCAAAAUCUAUUACGACGGUGAUUACAACAACGACGAUUAUGAAGAAGAAGAAGAUGUCGAUGAAAUCGACGAGGAGGAGCACGAAUAUGGCUUCCAAAGAUGCCCCGAUUGCAAUGAAAAUGGACUCAUUCGCUGCCCGAUUUGCUGCGACGAUUACUAAGAUUUUCGACAUGUUUUGAUUCGUGUGAAUUGUUUGUUUGUUGUACAGUAAGCAGUUUUUGAUCUGUCUGCUGAAUGAGAUUUCCCUGUAAUACAUAUAUACUGUCUUUAAAUCUUCAUAUCCUGUAAUGUAAUAUGAGAAGCAAUAUAUAUAUAUAUAUACACAAAUUGUUUGUGUACUUAGGAGAGCUG